AUAGUUUAAGACAUUUUUGGUUUUCUAUAAAUGUGUUGUGCUCUCUCAACUCCUCAUUCAUUACUUCUGCUGCAACAAACAAAAGCAUACCAAUAUUCUUUGAUAUAAUCCAUUUCUUAGCUUUAUCCUUACAUAUUCAUUAUUAAACAUGGGUGAUAUUAGCAAUGGAAAUCUUGAUGUGGUUAUGAAUAUAAACGAUGAUGCUACCAAAAAAUGUGACGACACAACCAUUGAUGAUCAUGUUCCUCUUUUGCAAAAGUUGGUAGCAGAAGUGGUGGGAACAUUCUUCUUGAUAUUUGCUGGAUGUGCUGCUGUGGUGGUGAACCUUAACAAUGAUAAAGUUGUGACACUUCCUGGAAUAUCAAUUGUUUGGGGACUUGCUGUUAUGGUAUUAGUCUAUUCUAUAGGUCAUAUCUCUGGUGCUCAUUUCAAUCCCGCUGUCACCAUUGCUCACACCACCACCGGAAGGUUUCCAUUGAAGCAGUUGCCAGCUUAUAUAAUUGCUCAGGUCGUUGGCUCAACACUUGCAAGUGGAGUUCUCAAACUUAUAUUCAGUGGCAAGGAAAAUCAAUUUGCAGGAACACUUCCAGCUGGUUCUGAUCUUCAAGCUUUUGUGGUCGAAUUUAUUAUCACUUUCUUCCUUAUGUUCAUCAUUUCUGGAGUUGCCACUGAUAAUAGAGCGAUUGGUGAAUUGGCUGGACUUGCAGUUGGAUCUACCGUUAUACUAAAUGUGCUGUUUGCGGGACCCAUCACAGGAGCAUCAAUGAAUCCAGCAAGAAGCUUAGGACCAGCUAUUGUGCACCAUGAAUAUAGAGGAAUAUGGAUAUAUAUGGUGUCACCUAUUCUAGGAGCUUUGGCUGGUACAUGGACCUACACUUUCCUCAGAAUCACAAAUAAGCCAGUUCGUGAGCUCACCAAGAGUUCUUCAUUCCUCAAAGCAGUAAGCAAGGGAGCUGAGUGAUUAUAAAUGUGUCGCAUGAAUGUCAACACAAUUUAAUUUAAAAUAUUAAAUGUUUAAGAAACUAUAUAUAACAAUGAUCGUGUAGUGACACUUCUUGGAAUUGCAUUUACAUGGGGACUUAUAUUGAUUUACUCUGUUGGUCACA